CUACUAUCGAUCAUGGCCUCCCCGGCGACGGACUUCGUUUCCUUACGACUAAAUCCCAGUCCCACUGCCACGACGCCGUACCGCGAAGCUCGGCGCCGCGGCAAUGCGCUGCUCUACCUUCCGCGCGAAAUCCGCGACAAAAUCUACGAAUGGUGCUCCGUUGGAAUGACAGCUCUACUCCGCGUCAACGAGAAGGGGAGACCAACUGUCGGGCCGACCGAGCUCAUGCUCGCGAGCAAGCUGUUGUACCGUGAAGCGGAGCCUUCUGUCCUCAGGUCGUUGGUCUUCGCUAUAGGAGAUACCUCUAACCUGGCGCAAGUCGUACUAUGGCUAGAAGCGAAGAAGUCAUUCAAUGCCUUUCAUUGCGUGCGUGCAGUAAUGUUCGACGAUUUCGAUACCUUUCGGAAGGUGCCAUCAGAGCAGGUCAGAACGUGGUGGCAGGAUAGGAUCAACGCUCACAACACAAAGUCGGUGGAGGUCCACGACAAGGUGCUACCCGAGCCACAGUUUGUUCCUGCGGCCAUCGGGUUUCUGAGCCGUUGCAACAAACUUCGCUCCAUGGUGGUAGACCUUCCGCUGCGCGAAUUUGCGCUCUACACGCCUGGGAUGCUUACCGUCUUCGACAACAUGCUCCUAGCUACAACGGCUCUCUACGACCUCGCUACACUGUCGUCAAUCAGUACCCUCCGCCGCCUAUGCAUCAAGUUGAUGUAUUGUAACGCGAGGCAUCAGAGCGUCUUGGACGACCUCACGGCAUCGGAACUAGAAGAACUAUUCACGGCGCGCCACCAUCCAGAAAUGCCGAGAUUGAAAGAUGCCUGGGGCUUGAAGAGCUGGCUAGCUGAGCUAUUCCGCCGAAAGCAGAUGGACGUUGAAAUAUUCUGCGAGUACAACACUGGAGGUCGAUACUCUUCUCCUGUCGACGAUGAGGAGAUUGAGUAGCCUCGUCGGAAACCAAUCCCGGACAACGCUAUUGGCUUCACCGCGACCCUGGCACUGGUUUACAAGGUAUGUCUUCCGCCCCAACGAUAUAUCUUCUUUGAUAAUUGUAACUUGACAACAGGAUUCUCGAGAGGAUGGCGUAUCAUCAACGAUAGCUCUUUACUCUUAAGACUCGGACGCAUUUGCAGACAGAAGACGGGCGCCAUCCACCUAUUCUAUACUGAUGAUGGUGCUGCAAGGGCUGAAUCGGAACCAACGAGGCGUUUCAAGAACUGGUGGUCACCUGUCCAAUUCAAUAUGAUAUCCACUAAUUCAAGUUUGGAACUGUCGGC